UUACGGCCAUGGAAUCUCGAACCAUGCCCACUCGCCUACCAGAAUCUAGAACUACGACACUCCUCCGGGGCAGAUCGCGACCGCGCCGCUGUGGGGAGAGAGAGCGCUUGGAGAUGGGAUGGGCGAUUGCUCUCCACGGAGGGGCGGGCGACAUCCCUUACUCACUCCCUCCGGAACGGCGGGCGCCGCGCGAGGCCGCCCUCCGCCACUGUCUCGCCGUCGGGGUCGCCGCCCUCAAAGCCAGCCGAUCUCCGCUCGAUGUCGUGGAGCUUGUGGUUCGUGAACUGGAAAACUGUCCCCACUUUAAUGCUGGCAGAGGUUCUGUUUUGACCACUAGUGGUACUGUUGAAAUGGAGGCUUGUAUCAUGGAUGGUAACACCAAGAAAUGUGGAGCUGUCUCAGGUCUAUCUACUGUUGUUAAUGCCAUAUCUCUUGCACGACUUGUGAUGGAGAAAACUCCGCAUAUCUAUCUAGCUUUUGAUGGUGCUGAGGCAUUUGCCAGGGAACAAGGUGUAGCAACUGUAGAUGCAAAUCAUUUCAUCACUCCUGAAAAUGUUGAGAGACUUAAGCAAGCAAAAGAAGCCAACCGUGUGCAGAUUGAUUAUACCCAGCCUGUCAAAGAGGAGAAGCCUCAGGAAGAAGCAUCUAGUGGCAAAGGUGACAGCCAGAUUGGGACUGUUGGAUGUGUUGCCGUUGAUGGCAGUGGAAACUUAGCUGCAGCAACAUCCACAGGUGGAUUGGUGAACAAGAUGGUGGGUAGAAUAGGAGACACUCCCAUCAUAGGUGCAGGAACAUUUGCAAAUUCCUUCUGUGCAGUCUCUGCUACAGGCAAAGGUGAAUCCAUCAUGCGAGCUACCGUUGCCAGGGAUGUAGCUGCAUUGAUGGAGUAUAAAGGGCUUUCGCUGAAGGAGGCUGCAGCCUAUGUUGUCAAUAAUGUUCCAAAGGGCAAUGUUGGCCUGGUUGCUGUUUCUGCCAAUGGAGAAGUGAUCAUGCCUUUUAACACGACGGGAAUGUUUAGGGCCUGCGCUACUGAGGAUGGUUGCUCAGAGAUUGGAAUAUGGCCUUCUGAGACAGACUGUGUUCUGCCAGACCCUAAAAGGAAUUUGCCGACAGGUUAUUUGAAUCUACAAAGUGGUGGACCACAUUUCUUUGAAGUCCAUUGAAUGAGGCGAUGAUUCGAGAUUUCUUCCACAAAGAAGCUUCUUCCUAGUGGCAGUAGCUUUGCACUUAGAGCAUCUUCCUUGCUACUUGCAGGUCAUGUUAAGGAGCUUUCUGGAAUGCCAAUGUUGGGACAAUUCUUCUUUGCUUGUAUACGGUGAUGCUCUAGAAGGAACUGGCCCAAAUGCUGACCAAUAGUAUCUACUGUUUCUAGUGGAAAUGAGCACUCAGUUAUCUUUUCCCACUCACUGGUGCUCAGGUCAAUCUGGAUUGGAGAUCAAAUCAGGGGGCUUUCAACCACUAACAAUUCCUACUUGAUGGCCAGAAAUGCUUUCCUUUUCUCCGGCAAUUGCUGGUUGGUUGGAGCUAAUGGCCAACAUGGAGACGAGGGCACUUGGCUAGUUAUUUUGCUUUGCAGCAUCUCACUAUAUUUUAUCUAAUAGAGUCAUGUCAAGCUUCUUUUUUCUUAUUCCUUUUUUGCUUUCCGACUAUAGGAGCCAAGGGAUGCAUAUUUUUUUAAAAUUAUUUUUUCAAGUUAA